UAAAAUUGGUCCAUGGACAUACAAUUUAAUUGAAACGAAAAAAAUGCAUAAUAUACAUAUGAUAGAGUUGUAAGUACUCUUAUAUUUUUAAUCAUUUUAAAUUUGAAUCCGAGAAUGAUGUGAGUUUUCCUUUAUUUUUUGCCUUGAUAGGCGACUCUUGGAUAUGGACUUUGUUUCAACAGCGGUCAUACAUGAAAUCCUAAUGAUAUUCCUCCCAGUGUUAGUGAGUGUUUUACCUCUAAUAUGAGAUUUUUCAACAUAAAUUCAAAUUUAGUCAGACCUGUUCGAGAAACCAAAAACAAAUGCACCCUUAUAACAGAUGGUAAAGACAAGCAAUAAACAAAAGAGUAAGAAAAGAAAGCUAGCUGUCCACUGCCUUUUGCCUCCCUUCUUACUAUACUUUUCUUUUUAAAAACUUCUCUUCCAAACACAAUUUCAAACAAAAAGGACACCAAACAUAUUCAUCAUCAUUCUUAAGGUUCAUCAAAUCUCAAGAUCUAAAUUUAAAGUAAUUCAAAGAACAUUCAACAAGAAGCUCAAGAAAAUAAUACCAUGAAAGGUAGAAAGUGUAAAGAAGCUCCAUCAACAGAUCUAUUAGUCUGUUUUCCUUCUAGAGCUCAUUUAACCCUUAUGCCUAGUCCAGCUACUCACCAUUUAAGGAGAUCUAAUACAAGAGGUAUUGGCCCUGCCGGCCAAGCUAGCCCUAUGUUAUGGAAGACAAGUGAGAUUUCAGAGCCCACAUCACCAAAAGUUACUUGUGCUGGCCAAAUCAAAGUGAGCCACAAGGCAAAAUCUUGCCAGAUCAAGAAUUGGCAAUCAGUAAUGGAAGAGAUUGAGAAGCUACAUGUCAAAAAACACAAAAAGAAAAAACCUGUUUGGAUGGAAGUAGUUGGGCUCAAGAAGGAUGCUAUGCAGUUCUUGUCAUAUUUGCGAAAUAUAAGGUUUGAUUUUCGAUGUUUUGGUUCAUUUCAUACGGAUGAAACAGAUUUUAUCACUUCUGAUGAUGAUCUAGAAGAUGAAGAAGAUGAUCUAGAAGCAUCAAGAACUGUGUUCUCUAAGUGGUUUAUGGUUUUACAAGAAAGCCAAAAAACAGAGAAAACACAGUACUCUGUUUUUGGUCAUGAUGAUUAUGAUGGUUCUUCAUGUGCACCACCACCCAACGCACUUUUGCUCAUGCGUUGUCGUUCUGCUCCAGCAAAAAGCUUGCUGGGGCAGAAACACAAAGACGGCAACAAUGAUGAUGAUGACAAAGAACAAGAGAAUGAAAAAUCAAGAACUAAAGAAUUGGAGAGUACUAAAAAGAAUAAUAAGAAGAAAAGCUUAGUAGUGAUGAGAUAUGGGAGUGAUUUAUUCAAAUUUUCAUCUGAUAUAGCAAAGGAGAAUUGGAUUGUUGGUGGAAUCAAAGAACCAUUAUCAAGAAGUCUAAGUUCCAAGAGGUCCAUCUCACCUUGAAGUUCAAAUUAAUCAAGUGACAUGACAUCCCAGUCAAAUCCAAGACCAAUGAGAUGUCGCCACAUGUACAAAUGAUGUGAAAAUCUCAUUCAAAUUCUGCAACCAGUCAAAAGGCGCCAAGUGACAAAGUGACAUGUUUCGGCCAAUCACAAGCAACUAGGCCUACCCCUACAACUAUAAAUAGGGGAGUAACAUAACAUUCUAGGCAGAAAAAAUGAAAAAGGAGGACAUUCUGCAAGUAUUGGAGGAAGCUUCUGCAUUGACUACACAACUCUUCAACGAAUUGACCAACGGAGUUUUUCCCGGAGAUCAACUCGACAAGAUGAAGUGCUGUCAGAUAAUUUCUGGAGAUCCAAACACAUUUCUAGGAGGCUCAAAUCAUCCUACAUUCGAGAAUCACAUUGCAAAGCCCCUCGAAUCACGAAAAAACUUAGGAGAGAAGAAUCGAGAGAAUAACGAAAUUGUACCCGCAAAAUUCAUUUAGAUAAAAUUAUUCUUUUUGUUU